UUAUCGCCGCGAGAACGACAAUGUCAACGCUCGCUACAGACACGUUGCUGCCGUCCACCGCCGUCGCCGAAGAACUGAUGACCGCUCUCACACCCACACCCACCAGGAUAGACACGCAACUGGAUGUCAGUCCCAUCUCGGUGGUUCUAGCGGUCUCCAUAGUGUGCAUUCUGUCACCUAUCACUGUCACCGGCAACUCCAUCAUCCUGGCCGCCUUCUACAAAUACAAGAGACUUCGAACCGCUUCCAAUUGCCUACUAGUCUCCUUGGCCAUUAGCGAUUUUGGGGUUGGCGUGUUUAUGCCUUUCGGGAUGCAACUGGAGCUCUCCGGUUUACCGGAAAACGGCGUCUCCGCCCUCUGCAUCGUGCCGUACUGCAUCAUAAUCGCGCUCUGCAGCGUAAGCGUCCUGGUGACGGUGGCAAUCGCGGUUGAUCGUUUGACUUCAUUGGCACAACCGUUGCGGUACAAGAACAUCAUCACCCACAGCAGCAUAGAGAAGUACAUCGCGGUCUUUUGGAUAUAUGCUAUCGCCAUCGGCCUCUCGCCCCUCAUCUAUGCUCAAAUCACCGGAAAGAUGCAGUCGCAUAGUGGCAGCUGCAGAUUCGACGCGGCCGUCCUACCGCCGGUCAGGGUGUUUCUGUUCGGGGCAGUCUGGGCACCGAGCGCCUUGGUCCUGCUGAGCUGCUACGUGUACGUUUAUCUCGUCGCACGUGCACACGCACGCGCAAUUUACACAGUGGAAUUAUCAUUCAGACAUCAAACACAGACCUUGGUGCUGCCUCGUUACGGACAGACGUUGGCGAUUACGGUCGGUGCGUUUCUCAUCCUAUGGCUUCCAUUUCAAACUUGCAUGCUGGUAGACAUCUUCUGUGGCACCAACAUCUUGUCAGAAUGGGCGGUGGUGUGGCUGGGUCUGCCGAUUUUAGCGCACAGCGGUGCAAAUCCAUGGGUCUACGCCUUUCAUCACGGCGAAAUGCGCGUCGCCGCCGGGAAGAUUGCCGAGGAUCUAAUCACUUUGUUCGGUGUGAUGCCGAGCCGCUACGGUUGCUCGCCCAUGAGACGCGGCUCCAAUACGAACCUCGAACUGGCCGAAGUAAACAACGACAGCAACGAGAGUAGACGGCAUCCGUCCGUGGAAAACUGCUUCACCGCCGCCAAGCAUAACGUUCUUUAUGCCAGUAGAAGAUCUGCUCUGGAGAUAUCGGGUAGGCAGACCGAUAUCUCGCUCGAGAAACACGACCAUAUCAAUCACAUUGCAUCCUGCAGUAGCCGACCAGGCGAUAUAAUCGAAGAGAGCAUCCACGAUCUGACGAAGAUGCUCGAUCCGAAGUACAUCGUCGAUCGGAAUCACGUAAUUGAUUCCAAUCACAACAUCGACAAGAUCAAGAAUCUCAAGUAUUUGCUGGAUCCGACCUUCAACAAGAUUAGACAUCUUCGACGGUUGAACCACAAGCGGCUGAACGACAAGAGCUUCCCGCUCAUCUCCGAGCCCAAGUUUAUAUCUUAUCAAAACCUGAAGAGCGACGGGGCGCACGGCAGUCGCAAGUUUCUUCCCUUGAACGCGUUGUCGGAUCCGAUGCUGAACGGGUCAAACACAUCCGUGGUGAACACGAAGGACUUCAACGAAGCGCUCUGCCACAAUAACGUUGUUCCUCAGAGGCGAAAUUCGAAUUUAUCGUCUAUGUCGGAUUCUAAUCUCAAGGCAGCCACGGCGCAUACUUCUGGGACAGACAUAAAACUCUUUCCGGCGAACGGCAACAGCACGGAGAAUCGUGGCUAUUCAGUGCAAAAUCUCAAUCACGGAUACGAGGCCGCGUUAGCGAGACACGCGAUGAUGCUCUCUCAGCAACUGGAGGAUCAACGUAGAUCUACUAGCAGGACCACCUCGCAUUUACGAGCCAAGUUCCGCGGUCAUUACGGACGCGCGAGCCCGAAUCUGAAGCUCAGGCUGCGAAAUAAUUCCUCCGCGUCGUCGUCAUCGAUGUCCAACAGCGUCAGACUGGACUCCGACGCAAGCACACCGAAGCAAAGCGUCUCGCCGACCGUCCCGCAUGUGACCAUCACGUCGAACAAACUGGCUAAUCUCAUUAACCUGGAUCCACCGUCGAGAAGCGCGCACACGCACAGAAUAAACCUUACUGCCAGAACUGUGACACAAACUCGCAAAACUCUGGAUAUACUGAAGCACUCCGAGUCAAUUAAUACAAUCGAUCCGUACUCAACGCACCGUGUAACUCUGCUGGAGCCUUCCAACUUGAUGGAUUCCUUGAUCGUCCCGACAAUACACUCGGAACCACCGAGUCCAAUUGGAACCAUCGAUCCUUUCUCCUCGACAUCCCUUCAAAACGAGGAAGCGCAGUGUCUUGAAAUCCCAGGAUCCGCUGCAAAUAUCAAUGUUGCACAACGCGCUAAAUCACCUCUAGGUAAGAAAUGCAGUCCUGUGAGGCAUUCGGAACCGGUGAUACCGACCGUGCUGCUGAACAUCGAGGAUUAUAGCGAACCGUUUGUACAGAACGAUCAGACGUCGAGUCAAGAAAAUGAUUUUCUAUCCAAUAACACGCCGACGUUGGAACCGAUCGAUUUGUUUGAAGCGCUGCUGAGGAACUCGGACAAGAGCAAAGAUGCGAGAUUACCAGAGCCCAUCUUUGGCGAGCACGACUCCACUCGGUUCAGUUCGAGACGGCCAUCCGACUCAAGGUGGUCCGAGUCCUCGAGGAGUCAGGAGAUCCUGCCAAGCGUGACGGAAUAUCAAACGUUCCCGUCAUCCUACUCGGUGAACAACUUUCAAACUUGCAACAGCGGCAGCGAUCUCAACGACCUCACGUCCUUGGAUCCGUUCAUGUGUCCCGACGCCCUAUCGUCAUCUCUGCGCGAGUCCUUCUUCAGCGCGCCGUCUGUACCCAACUCGGAUAUCUUCACGUCUUUCGAGGAUAGCGAUGGACCGAUUUAUACGCCCGAUGUCACGCCUGAUUUCGAGCGGGACACGUCGUCGGCGUACAAUUCCAUGUCGACGAUAAAUGCGAAGAGAUGCGUUAUCGAGGCGGCAUUUCAAAGCAGAUCCACAGAAUCGGUGCACCGAGUCAGGUAUCCGUCGACGCGAUCCUGCGCGAUUCUCAGACUGGAGCCAGCUGUGCAUUCGAACAGAUUACGCGUUAGACCCAGCACGAAUUACAUCCUGAGGGGUCCGCCGAUCAAGAGAAAUCCGCGACUAGCGCCCCUCGCCAUUCCGACGCCUACCGACAUUUGCACACCUACGUUCGACGUCGUGUCAGAAAUCAAGAACGACAAUGGUGUCGGUGUCAGAGUAUGAAGCAAGAGUGUUGAAGAAAUAGAUAUAAAUGGGAAACUUGUAAAUUUGUGUGUACAGAAAAUUCCGUACAAAUGCUUGCUAAUCACAGAAUUUUACUCUCUUGAAAAAAUUUAGGAAUUGCAAAUAAAAUUCAAAGGCCUCUAUUGGUCGUGUAUGUGUCAUCCAGUAAUUCGUAAUGUUGAAUUUUUAUUAAAAAAAUAUACAUUAUGUUAAAUAUUAAUUAAAAUAUGUAGUUAGAAGAGAGAUAAAAUAUUUCAACGAUUAAGUCUGAUAUUAUAAGCAUUUCUAUAUCGAGCCAGUGUUCACUUUAGAUUAUUUAGCAUACAACUCUUUGAUUUAAACUCUUUUUCUAUCAUGCUUACAAUAUUUCAAUAUAUUCAUACGUCCAUUUCUCAUAUUUACAUUUU